AUGUAUGCCUACACCUACCACCCCGAACCAACUAUAUUUGGAGAUGAAUCCAUUAUUGUCUUUUGCAGGGGCAAGCUCCAGUCUUGGGCAACAAUGUAUGCGCAACGUGAAAGAGUCGGAAAUUAUCACAACGCUGGAGCUCUAACACCAGGCGUCUACACAUUGGAUCACCUCUGGGAGUACCUUCCAGCAACUUUGAUUCACGAAUUGACUCAUGCGCGAGUUGUCGUGCAGCAAAAUGUCCUUGGUAUGACGUUACUCUCAUGCAUCCGUCAGCUCGCAAUUGAGAAUCCCACCUUCGCUGCUACAAAUGCCGGUAUGGUCCUUGUCCCUUUCACGAUAUCACAAGGACUUUUAUCGCUAAGUUCCAUAUUAGAUUCUUUCUCGCUAUUCGUAACAGGUACGUCGGAAGCAUUUAGAGUUACUAGUUAA